AUGGCCCUGAAGUGAAAGACGCGUUAUCAGAAAGUUGAGAAAUUAUUGAAUUGUAACAUUUUUUUACUAAAGGAGUGAAAAUCUCGCGAAAAAUGAGUAAUAUUUCACCAUUUGGUGGUGGAAAGAACCCACCAUGGGUCCGAAACUCAGGGCAAAUUCAAAAUAUACAACAGCAGAUGUUGGGCCAAGCCAUGGGGAGUAUAGGUGGCCAACCUAUGGUGCAGUAUCAACAACAAAGUCAACAGGUCUAUCAGCAGAGCCUGGGCUUACAACAACAAAACUUAACAAUGGCCUCGAUGGCUCAACUUGGCUCGAAUCUGCAGCCCAAUAUAGCAGGUCAAUUAUAUUCGCAAGUGGCCACAGUUUCGUAUCCAACCCCCCGAGCGCUGAACACGAACGCAUUUCAACAAUCGGUAACCGGCGUUGCGCAACAAGUUCAACAAAACGUUCAGUCUUCUUCCUCUACAAAGCAAAGAGUAUUCACAGGCAUUGUUACCAAAGUACAUGACAAUUUUGGCUUUGUGGAUGAGGAUGUUUUCUUUCAAACAAGUGCGUGUGUAAAAGGAUCCAAUCCAGUAGUGGGUGAUCGCGUUCUCGUCGAAGCAUCUUACAAUCCUUCGAUGCCUUUUAAAUGGAACGCUACUAGGAUACAAGUACUCCCUAUGGGAAAUAGCAACAAUAAUAGCAAUACCAACACUCAUCAAUCAAAUCAGUCGAACCGUCAGCAACAACCCAUCCGGCCGUCAGGGACUUACAACGCUGUUCCUCCUCCCUCUGAAAACUCGAGUAACAGGUUCAAUUCUAGCAACAAUAGUGGAGUUUCAUCUGCAAAUCGUACAAAACAAGGCAGAGUUCGCGAAAGAUCACGUGAUCGUAGAAACGAUGAUGAAGAAAUUGAAAGAAAGCGUCGUCGAGAGGAACGCAUCAGGGAACGUGAGAAGAAGGAGGAACGUAGUCCGUCGAGAACUAGAAGAAGCAAAUCUCCGAGACCUCGUCGACGUACUCGAGUCGUUCCUCGUUACAUGGUCCAAAUACCGAAAAUAGCACUUGAUUUGCCCGAAGCAGACGUCUUGGAAAUCAAAAGGCGAUACCAAAAUAUGUACAUUCCUAGUGACUUCUUUUCUACCAACUUUAGAUGGGUAGAUGCAUUCCCACCGCAUGUGCCAUUUACUCUUAAUAAGCCGUGUUCGUUUCAUGUCAUGCACAAAGACAUCGAUCCGUAUACGGAAAAUACUGCCGUACUAGAGCCACCUGACUCGGACUAUCUUUUUUCUGCCAAGGUGAUGCUCAUGUCGAUGCCUGCGAUGGAAGAAAUUUAUAAGCGAUGUUGUGGUGUGACAGAGGACAGAGAUCCCGACCGUGACUACAUCCACCCAACUCGACUUAUAAACUUUUUGGUUGGUUUGCGUGGUAAAAAUGAGACGAUGGCAAUCGGUGGGCCAUGGAGUCCCUCUUUGGACGGACCCAAUCCGGAAAAGGACCCGUCGGUUCUUAUCAGAACUGCUAUAAGAACCUGCAAAGCACUCACUGGUAUUGAUCUGUCCAGCUGUACUCAAUGGUACCGCUUCCUGGAGCUCUACUACAGACGUGCUGAAACGACCCACAAGUCGGGGCGAGUGGUGCCGUCUCGCGUUGAAACCGUCAUACUAUUUCUCCCAGAUGUUUGGCGAUGCGUACCAACUAGACUGGAAUGGGACGGGCUGCAUCUCAACUAUAAGAAACAACUGGAGCGAAAGCUGCUGCGUGCUGCCUCUAACCUCGACGAUUCGGAUGCUGCCAAUGACACUGAUGAGGCUGCCGUCGCUGAUCAAAAGGACGAAAACCUUCCGGAAAAGAAAGACCCCACUCACUAUUCUGAAUUGGAUACCAAGUCCAUGAAUGUGAAUGAAUUGCGACAAGAACUGGUAGCCCGGCAUCUCAGUUCCAAGGGUAUCAAGUCACAGUUGGUCGCAAGGCUGUCAAAAGCGAUCAAGUCGGAACAAGCAAAAGAGGAGGGCCGACAGGACGAGGUUGAAGAAAACGAGAAAGAAAGUUCUCCCUCUCCAAAAGAAGAAACAAAAGACGAGAAAAAGUCCAAGGACAGCAAAGAGCAUGAUGAAGAUAAGAAAAAGAUGUACGAACGAGAACGUGCUCUACUCGAAAAGAGGUACAAUCUUCCUGAACCACCACAUAUUAUCGUCCAUCCAUCCAAGACGGCGAAAAGCGGAAAAUUUGACUGCACGGUCAUGUCCCUCAGUGUCCUUCUGGACUACAGGCCAGAAGACACAAAGGAACAUUCGUUCGAGGUUUCUCUCUUUGCUGAACUCUUCAAUGAGAUGCUAAUGCGAGACUUUGGUUUUCGUAUUUACCGAUCAUUGUGCAGCCUUCCCGAGAAGCCAAAGGAGAAAGAAGAGGACAAGAAGAAGGAUAAGAAGGACGAAAAGAAGAAGGAUGAUGAUAAGAAGAUAAAAAAAGACGACAAAAAGAGGGAAGGAAGUAAGGACAAGAAAGAAGACAAAGAAGCGAGAAGUAAAACCGAUGAUAAGGAAAAAGAGAAAAAUGAAGACGACGAAGAGGAAGAUGAUGAAGAGUCUGAGGACGACGAUUCCAAGGAUGGAAAGAAAGACAAAGACAAGGAUGGAAGGAAGAAGAAGGCUAAACUCUAUACCCACGAUCCUUACUUACUUUUGUCCUUUGUCUACUUUGAUCAAACUCACUGCGGUUAUAUUUUCGAUAAAGAUAUCGAGGAACUUAUCUAUACUCUCGGAUUGAAUCUUUCCCGAGCCCAAGUCCGUAAACUGGUGCAGAAGGUCGUCACUAGAGAUUCAUUGCAUUAUCGAAAAUUGACAGACAAGACAAAGGAUGAGGACGUCAAAGACGGCAAGAAGGAUGAAAAAGAGACCGAGAAAGUGGAUUGUUCCGAUAGCACGGAAGACGAAGAACAAAUAUUGCAAUCUCUUGCCAUGGGCAACAAAAAACUACUACCUAUAUUCAUGGGAAGUGGACCAGCCUCCAAGAGAGCUAGACGAGAAAACAGCUCCUCGAAUGAUGAGGGUCAAACCGUUCCAGAUGGUUUUAUUGUGUAUAAAGGAUCACUUCUCGAUGUCGAAAAACUAGUCAAUCAACUGAAAAGAUCGGAAAAUGCUCGCGUUGACACGGAGACCCGAAUGCUGGAAAUACAACACGAACUCACUGCCAUUAGCGAAAAGUCCGGCAAGCAGUCCAGCACUAUCAAGGAUUUGUCUGAUGAUCUCAGAUCUUAUAAGGACAAGCUAAAAAGUACGGACGAUAAGCUCAAGAAAGUCUCGAACGAUUCUCACACUUACCUGUCGACUCUGAAAAACGUAUAUCACGUGACAGCAAAGGUGAUCCACGGCGACUCCAGGAAAGUCGAAGUAGUGGAAAUACAGGACGAGAGAUCAGUGGGAGAAAUGAACGGGUCACAGAGUGACAGCAAGUCGAAAAGCGAUACGAGAUGGAGCGACAAUAAAGUCACUAUAAAGAAAGAAUCUGCCGAUAGUGAUAAAGGGAAAAGUAGUGAUAGUAAAGUUAACAUUAAGAAGGAAUCGUCAGAAGACGACAAGGAAAAAAAGUAAGUCAUCCUGUAGUUUUAUAAGAGUAACUUUAAAGACCGUCAAUGUUUUACGAGAAGAAAGCAAGCUCAACUCAGCCUGUAAAACAAUCACAGUCCAAUAUCAUGCUGUUUUAAUUGAUUAAUGCAAAGUGCCGAUUAUGUUUUCGAAAUUAGUUAGUUGCCUAUCUAAUAAAUAAACUGGACAGAUGUACAUGAGUGUAAUUGCAUAUGCUGGUAAAUAGCUAGCAAUUUACGAUAAUGUUCCCGAUAUGUCACGAUAACAACAUACAAUAAGAAUAUUCCGUUUAAUUUAAAUCAAUUGUACAUCGAGCGAAAGAUUUUCAGUUUUGUUUAAAACAUUAAUAGACAGGGUAGAUUCGUUUCCUGAACUGAAAUGUACAGAAAAAUUUCUAAAAGGUAUUUAAUGUCUACAGUUUAAUAUUCGCAGCCGUGUGAGAGUUUAAUUUGAAAAAAAAACCAGUGCGAAGAAUGCGAAACAAAAGAAAACUUUUUUACUCUGGAAUUUAAACUGUAAAAGUUUCUAAUUAAUUUUCUUUCGCGCGAGUAUAAUGAAAUUGAUCUAAAUAAUUAUGAACUAUUUGAAAAAGGGGCAGUGACACCAAAAACAAAAAUAAACAUUGUUGAAAGUAAGAUUCUUUUGUAAUUUCACUAACGUAGAAUAAAUAUUGUACUAUUAUUUUCAGUCGUUUGCGAAUAAAACCGAAGAAGUAGCUGCCGAAAAUAUCCUGGAAAUUCGUCAAUUAUAGUGCGUCUCGACAUUACAAUGUACUUCAUUACGGAAAUUUGUUUAUAAUAGUUGCAAAAUUUCACAUUUGUACUGUUUUUAAGAAUUUCAAAG